GCACACAGCGGUGUGUGUUCCUGGGACGGGCCCCCUGCGCAGCAGUGGUUGGGGUUCGGGUGGUGGUUAGGGGUGGUUUCCUGAGACCCUUCGCCCCCGGGUUCGAAGUCUUUGGGCACCUCCACCCGGUGUCCAAGCCAUCGCCUCCCGUUGGUGUGCAGCAACAGUCAUGCCACGACUCGGGAGGAGACGGCGGGAAGAGCUUGCUGUUGCGGUGAUGGCCAUUGCCAGCAGGAUGGCCGAGGAUGCCUUCGAAAGUCUCGAUUCACUGCUCGGCAACCACACAUGCAGACCGUUGCUGUUGGGCCCAGACAAUGACAUGGCGGGGAGGGCUCUUGGAGAAGAUGAUGACGACCAGACAUGGGGAAGGCGUAGUCUGGUUUGGUUGUUUCCAACUAUUUAUGACAUCUGCAAGCUAUCGCCGCGGACCUCGCCUAGGUGGUGGGCGUCUUCAAUGUUGAAGAGGCUGAGCGAGUCACGUGACGCUGUACGGCAAUGCUGUAACGAUCUUGUCGUGAACAACAUGCAGAUACGGCGUCAGGUUGAUCGAUGGAGACGUGCGGCAGACGACAUGCGAGAAAGAUUUGAGCAUGCUUCCCAUGCUUUAGAUGAUGUUGUGCAGCAGAGGGACAAUGCCAUACGUAGGUUGGAGUCCGCUGAGGCAGACUUGAGGGUGACACGUUCUCAAGCAGAAACGACAUGGAGGUUUUACGACGAAGUGCUUGACGCCGACGACGGUGUUGCAUGUGGAGGCAUAGCUGGGGAUAAGGACCUGACAACACAGUUUGAGCGUAUCCAACCGGAGGGUCCAAGUUUUCGAGUGGAUCGAUAUGCUGUGGAGUGGCAAAAGUGGAGUUUUCGAAUUGGCUUUACGCCAAAGGAAGGCCUUGUGCUUCAUACGGUCGCUUAUGACGAUGGUGACAGAGGAAGACGAUCCAUUGCUCACAGGCUGAGCUUCGUGGAGAUGGUGGUGCCGUAUGGGGAUCCAAAUGGCUGUGACUGCUUGGGCUUCAUCAAGUAUUUUGAUGCGCAUUUCACAAACUAUGUCGGCGGUGUGGAAACCAUCGAGAAUUGUGUAUGCCUGCAUGAGGAAGAUUUUGGAGUUCUCUGGAAGCACCAGGAUUGGCGUACUGGGUGGUCCGAGGUUCGACGGUCGAGGCGACUGUCCGCGUCGUUCUUCUGCACCCUUGCCAAUUACGAGUACGGGUUCUUCUGGCACUUCUAUCAGGAUGGUCAUAUUGAGGCACAAGUCAAGCUUACAGGAAUUUUGAGUGUUGGAAGUCUUCGAGAUGGGGAAUCUCGCCCACACGGAACUGUCAUUGCACCUGGGCUCUAUGCCCCCGUCCAUCAGCAUUUUUUUGUCGCACGUCUAGAUAUGGCUGUCGACAGCAAACCUGGAGAAGGCCAUAAUCAGGUGGUUGAAGUGAAUGUACGGAGCGAUGAACCUGGUCCAGCCAAUCCCCAUGAAAAUGCCUUUCGUGCAGAGGAGACAAUACUAAGAACAGAGAUGCAAGCUAAGCGAGACUGCAACCUCCUCACUGGUCGGCAUUGGAUUAUUCGAAACACAAGGACAGUGAACCGGACAGGCCGGCCCACUGGUUAUAGACUGCAACCGGGCAGUAAUUGUCUUCCCCUGGCAUUGCCGGGAGCCAAGUUUUUGCGGCGCGCAGCGUUCUUAAAGCAUAAUCUAUGGGUUACUCAGUAUCGUCACCAUGAGCUAUUUCCGGGAGGUGACUUCCCAAAUCAGAACCCGCGCAUCGGUGAGGGCCUGCCGACAUGGGUCGCUCGAAAUGCAAGGAUCGACAAUCACAAUGUUGUACUCUGGUACGUGUUUGGAAUUAUCCAUGUACCACGUCUGGAGGAUUGGCCUGUAAUGCCUGUGGAGAUGAUCGGCUUCUCCUUGAUGCCUCAUGGAUUUUUCGACUGCUCCCCAGCGAUCGAUGUCCCUCCAAGUCAACCAGCAGAAAGCACAACUCCACCAUCACCGUCAUCGGUGGAAUUGCACGGUAAGAGUGACGUCAUCGCUGCUAUUAGGUCCAAGCUCUGAAGGCUCUCUGCGGACAUGCUGCCGGAGUUACGCCAACGACUGACUUACGUCAGCAUGGCUCCGAAGUGUGUCAGAUUUCUGGUGAGGGGCCAACAGAAAGCAGCAUGUCUCCUUCGUCAUCGAGAGCACUAGUCCGAGAACACCGAGAACACCUUGUCCUUGUAUUAACUAAGUUACGUGACCGACUUACUUACGUAAGCGUAGCUCCGUACUGGGUCAGAUUUCUGGUGAGGGGCCAGCAGAAAGCGGCGCGUCUUGCUCUCCAUGGGGACAAUAGUCUGAGGACAUCAAGAACACCCUGUUGCUGUACAACGACAAGAACACCUUAUCCUUGUAUUAACUACGCUAUGUGACCGACUUACUUACGUAAGCAUGGCUCCGAGCUGCGUCAGAGUUCUGGCUAGGGACCAACAGAAAGCAGCGGGUCUCCUCUUCUUCGCCCAUCGUCACCGU